AUGUAAAAUAAUACGGCCAUAUUGUCCGAGAUCCAAUAGUUGUGUUUGAGAAAAAGCAUUCUAUUUUGUAUUCCUAUAAUAUAGCAUAUGAAGAAACUACAUUUUCGGUGUUCACCUCUGCAGUCUGUCAGUAUGGAUCGGUUGCAUAUGAAUAGCAUUUAGUUAACUGUUGACAUUUAAUCCAUUUAGACAUUUGUGUUCGCUCCUUAAACAUUAUUCAAGGAUGACAAGUAAGAAGAGUUCUAAUCAAAAACAUUCAUUGAAAUUGAAAUUUACUCAUUAGUAGGGGCCUAGACAUGAUUUCUGAAUGAAGCAAAAAAAAAAAAAAAUAAGCAGCGUUAAAGCAAAUGGAUGUCGCAACGAAAGAGAAACUGAUACCAGUGCUAUUAAAAUUAAAACAUUAGAUAGUUUUAAAGCAGUCUUUCGCCUAAAUUAGCAAAUAACCUAUGCCUAUAUUUAAUAUUUAUAUUGUUUUUGGAGGCCUUUUUCCAUUUUUGAAUCAAGCUUUUAGUUUUGUUGAUUGGCUUUUGUAACAUUGAUUUUUUUUUUACAUGGCUGGCCUGUUAACCCUGCGCACAACCGUCUUGGGGGUUGCCCCUUAGUCUUACAGCUCUCUGGAUAGCUGCCUUAGUUUUUGGGUAAGGUUCCCUAGACUUUAUCGAUCCCUCCACUUCCUACAAGGCAGUAGGUUCUGAUUUUGGUCCGCCCCAGGUAUAUUAUUUCCCUGGUACCCUCCAUAUCUGGUGGGCUUUCCCCUAUCUGCCACCUGGGGAGGUGCUCGAUGGAAGAUCAGUAUCUCCGCACGUUUAAACCUAUUAAACACAUGGGAGAGGAAAGUUCUCAGGAAAAUAUAUGGGUCAACAAAGGAUGAAUAUGGAUGGAGAAUCAAACCAACCAUGAAUUAUACAGUAUAUCAGGAUCCCACGAUAGUAGCAGAAAUAAAAAGAGGCAGGCUUCGCUGGGCAGGACAUCUAGAGAGAAUGCCAAAUGACAGAGGAACAAAGAGGGUGCAUCACCAAUACACCAGAGGAGAAAGGCUCAAAGGCAGACCUUGGCUUAGGUGGAUAGAUGAUGUGGAAAAUGAUCUACAGCAGUUGAAAGUCCAAGCAUGGAAAAGAAAGGCAUUAGUUAGGUCUGAGUGGAAGGAAGUGGUGAGGCAGGCCAAAGCCCUACAUGGGCUGUAGCGCCACAGGGAUGGAUUUUAGUUUUGUAAAUGCAAAGAAGACAUGCCAUGUUUUUUUUCCAAUGGACAAGACUAGAGGCCCAACCCACUUUCCGGAGGAUCCCUUAUUGACUUUAUAUUAGGGUGACCAAAUCAUGAUUUGGAAAAAAUGGGACGCUUGCAAGGACGGUUGUUUUGUUGUUAUUUUUUUUUUUGGUGGGGGUGGGGGAAAUACCCUCCACUAUGGAGGUCUGGGGGGCCUCGGCCGUGAACUGUUUAUUGAAAUAUGCUCAUUUUAACUAUAAAAUCUAGAAAUCUACUUGAGGCACUCAGUCUUUUCAUAUGUCCUAUGUUUCACUGAUGUGAUGUGUUGUUUUAUGUCUGAACAUCCACCAUGACCAAUACUAAAAACAUUGCAAACUGUGCACUCAGCUUAACUUUCAUAACAUCCCUUUUUAACUCAUUCCCUCCGGCAGUGCUACUUCCGCACCGGUAUUUCAUUUAUUUUCCUGAGAAAAGGGAAGCAACUCAGUUUUGAAAUUGAUUUACAUUUUUAAAAAAAUAUUUUUUUAAGCUACUUAAUAAUAAUAAAUGUUAAUGAAUUUAGAACGAAUGCAUCAAAAAAUGAAUAAGGUUUAUUAAAAAUAUAACAUUAGCGGCGAAAAAAUAUGAACAAUAGCCAAAAAAUCGAUUUUUGAAACCUCGGACAGACACAUUCUACAUAUAGACGUGUCGUACCAAAGCACGCGUAGCAUUAAAGUGAAACAAGAUAAAAACUUCUGGUUUUUAAAUUAAAAUCGGCAGAAAUCACGCCAUAGCGAGGAGCGCGAGAAUUCAUUGCUAUUUUUAACUAAAAAUAAUGCGUCGGGACGCAUUUGGACGCAUCCGUCGAAACCCCCAAAGGUCGCAUUUAGUCGCAACUGUCGGGAAUGAGUUAAUAUAGUUCCACUCUUUGGAAUACUUAUCCAUAAACUUACAUUAACGCUUGGGCAUAAUUAACAUUUACAUGAGAAGAUAAUAUAAAAUUAAGGCAGUGUCUACACGUCUAUUUAUCGGGCGACCAAGUCACAUGACAGUCGGAAGAAUACUUUAUCCAGAUAUUCGUCCGGCAACCAAGUCACAUGAACGGCGUAACAAAGUGAUGCCAGAUAGUUGUCACGUCAGCCUUCUCACGUGACCGCGAAUGAUUCAAAACUAUUGUUAAUUUUAAAAUCUAUUUCUCUACCAAGUAAUUUACUGAGUAUCUUGCAAACAAAUAGAAAAAAAUACUUGGGUAUACUACCAAAACCAGGUGGGGGUUAAGCAAUAAUGCAUUCUAGAAGGAAGCAAUGCUGAGAGGGAGAGAGAAUUACGGUAAUAAAAAAUAUGAAUGCUAAAAAAUAAUAUUGAGUGUGAUAAAUAAUAAAGUUUAAGGCAGGGAGGCCGAUAGUUCACAAAGAAAUAGACCCUACAUCUUAAUAAGGGGCCAAUAUAGUGGUAGCCUAGCCUACUUCUCAUGCAAUACUAAUCCUGAAAUACAACUUUAUUGACAUAGGUCUAUUGAAGUCUACUUGUCUUAUUUUAUUUUGUUCAUAUUUUAAAUUUAGACUUCAAGGUAGAGCUUUACAAGAUGUUUAACCAAGAUAAGGGACUUUUUUCUUUGAAGAUUCGGAAUCAAAUAGACUAUUAAUAGUAGUAGUAAUAGAACUACUAGUUAGUAUAUAGGCCGACUAGUUUAAUAUUCAAAGUCAAACACUUUAUGUAUAUCAGAGCAUUUGAAUAUAUUAACAUGUUCAGCAUUUAUAUAUUAUCUAGGGAUCGGAAUAUCAAUGCCAUGCAACUAUUUUGCCUGCGACCACUUGUCAUAUGACCUGCCGGAAUAAUAACGCCUUCCAGUCGUCCGGCGGUCUUAUGACAUGAUCGCCGGAUGUAUAUCUCCCGCAAUAUUUCUACGACGCGCCAGACGUGUAGACACUUCGUAAAAUUAAAGAAUAAAGUUCAACACCCAAAAAAAACACCUGUCACUCUGACACGAUCAGGCCGGUAGGGAUCACAUAUAUGACUAACACAUUACACGUAGCGGUCGUGGAAUCAAAAUUGUUUUCUGCACAUUUACAUCCUCCCCCCACCCCCUGCCGCUUCAAGUCUCGUGUCUUUCGCUAUACAUUUACAUAUAAGAUCUAUGGCAGGGACGCUGUGGUGGAAAGGGAACGGUUCAGCCAUUACGCGAGCCCACAUCACUACUGGCACUGGCUACACAGCUAGCCAAAAUAUUAUUCGAAGUUAUAUUAUAAAUUAGGAAGUUUUAGUGAUUAGAAAAUGUGUUUGGUUAAAAAAAACGGGACAUUUAGGCGUCCCGAGAGACUUUUUCGGGACAACAGGUACGAUCCUGAAAAAACAGGACAAUCCUGUUUUUACGGGACGUUUGGUCACCCUACUUUAUAUGCUACUAUGGCCUAAUUAUGGACUGUAUGAAAAUGAAACAGCUGACUUGAUUCCAAAUCACUGAUAGUAAAAGUUUCUCCCUAAAGCAUUUCUGUUUAAUUUCUAUGAGUGUUUUUUUUUUACCCUAUAGUGAAAUAUUAAAUAAGCUCAUUAAGAAAGCCACGGAAACAGAUACCAUUUUGUCCAUAUUUGUGGAAAAUUAAUUUGUAAAAAUGGCCCAAGCUUCUUUGACUUCACAAUUUUGAGAAACUUAAUCACAUUCUCACUAAAUAUCCAAAGCCGAUAGGCUUUGUCAUUUCUCAGACCGGAAAACGUCAUAGCGUACUAUUUUUAGAAGGUUGGCGGGCAAAUAUUGCUUAAAACAUGGCAGCUUAUAGUGUGUUUCAGCAUAUCGUUCGGAUGAUCCUUGUAUCUAAGAGUUACUGUUACAUAUGCCGUUCGCGCAAUGAAGUCCCAUUUCAGAAAAUAGAAGUAAAAAAAAAAUUUGUAAAAUAUUUCGUAAAAUAGAGCUGUAAACAAGUUUCAGGAACACUUCGCUAACAUAGUAAUACUGAACAGUGUUGACAUUUUGUCUGCGCUGAGUACCCGGAUGAUGAGUGAUGAGGACAUCAGUUCUAUUAAUAGAUUUCCACCAUUAAAUGACAAGCCCUAUAUAAACUCUUCCUUUCCCUAGCCAUCUUACAGCAUUGUGCAAAAGCUAAUCACCAUGUUCUGUACAUUACUCUUCUAAGAAACUUUUAAACAGACGAUACCGGUACUCCAAUGAUGAAUAAAAUUUCAUGGGGUAGUAGGUCUGUUCUUAGUUUAUUGAAAAGUCUAUUUUUGUCUUAGCCUUACUCUUUCAUAAGUCUCUCAUGAUUUUAAACAUUUUUUGUGUACAAUGUGGAAAUCAUGGGCAACACAGUUGAAAUGACCUGGCAGAGCAUAAUUGGCCAAGAGGCAAGACUAAAUAAACCUGAUCUAAUGCGUCUACUGUGAUUUAGGCCUAAUGUUGAAUUCAACUCUCUAGGCAAUAAUUAUAAUGUAAAAACUAUAUCUUUUAAUUUUCUUUCAGUGUUGUCAUACUUUUUUUUUUUUUCAGAAAUGACGGACCCAGUAUCAUUAGCUAAAUUGUGACUAUUUGAAUCAUUUGUAUUUGCAAGACAGCACAUGUUGUCAAAAUGAUGGUCUCAUCAAAUUUUAAUGGGAUCAGAAUGUUUUUAUUUGUUGCCCUUGUAGCCAUACCACUAUGCUGUAAGUAUAUAACUUAUUAUACCUAUUUUUUUCUAUGUACAAUUCAGUCUUCUGUAUAGUUAUCUGAUAUUUUAUUGUUUUAUUUAAUAUUGUCCUUGAAAUCAACAUGUUGUAUUUAGUAAUCUCAUACAUCCUAAUAUUUCUAGCAUUCUUGUCUCGUAAAGUAAAUAUUAAAAUACCAGUUGUCUGUUAAUAAUCAUUAUAAAAACAUACUUUAAAAAAAACUCUAGCAUUAUUUGGGCUGUUACUAUUUUAAGAGCUCUGGUCAGAGGGAAUCAAGCUAUUUUUACAAAUUUGUUGUCAUUUAGAGUUACAUAACCAAUGACAAAGUUGAAGUGUUGCCAUAUUGUCCCAUUUUAUUUUACAUUCAGCUGCCAGUUCUUCUCCUUCUAUAUUUUGAGGGACCAUGAUCUAUAUAUUAAUCAUUCUGGCUCCUAUGCUUGUAGUUUUUCUGUCUGUAGUGGUAGAGAUUUUUUUACUCAAGAGUUUCCUAAAUUAUUUUUGAAAUCCUAUUCACAACUCCAUCAAACAAUGUACAAAAAUAAUAUACACUGUACACAAAUAAAAGAAAAGUAAUGUCAUCUAGUAUUUUAAUUAGUAUUACUAUUACAAUCCUGUGGGUGAAGAAAUAAAAGCCAGCAGUAACAAGAAUUGUUAACUUCUACUCCUUAAAUAGUACCAUAGUUGUAACUAAUUAUACAAUAAUAUAAUAUAUUACUUUCAAUUUACUUCAAUCCUCAUACAGAGUAAAUAAUUGGUGGCUGAUCAGUCAUUAUGCCAGUUUGCUUAUGGGUGCACUCCUCAGUAUAGGGUCAACCACAUCUGUGUGGAUUUUAUACCACUGUAUUUCCUUCUUAUUUUUUUGUGCUGUUAUUCCAUCCUACUGCAAGCUAUUUAAGUCAGGUUUGGAGAUUAAUUAGACUAACAUUUGGAAAAGGAAGUUCCUAACAGACUGAAUCACAGAAUUCCUUUAAUUUAUUAUGAAGUUAUGAAGACAUAAAAGUUAACAUCACACCCAACUGACUGCAUUACAUUCAUUUGUUAUCUCUAGGCUUUCAUAUCUGUUAGCUAUAAAAAUAAAAACUGAUACCAGAUGCAUACACAAUGGUAUCCGUUUCACAUUUGUAUGAAAUUAUGAAAUUAAUGGAGACACUUGUUAGCAACAGAGACACUUGUUAGCAAAUAUUGCUAUAAACUUGUAUGCAAAAAAAGUGAAUCUCAUUGAAAAUAGUCAUUAAAAAUAGUGACAAACUAUUUUGGCUUAUUAUUUUUUGUGUACUAGGUUCUUUUUUUUUACAUUACUACAUGGGUUUAUGAAGUGUAUUUACAGGUUUUUGAUACCUGGGGGUAGGCAUAGUUGGGUUUCCGCCUCCCUGUGAAAAGCAGUCUUGUCUAACUGAAUACUCCAUUCUUUAGGAGCUUUCCUUUUCAUAGUUUCUGAAGCUUUUUCCAUGGCAUAAGCAUAACAGCACACCUGUUUGCUUUGACAUUUUUAGCGUACAAUGUACUAUUUUCAGAUGUCUUUUACUAUUGUACGCCAAGUCCCGUCAGAACUACGAUUUUAAGAGACUGGCUUGAAAAUAUACACAUUCCUCUCACGAUUAAAACAAAAAUAAUAAUCAUUAAGUAAAAAGUACAUUUUUGGUUGUAUUGUUAGUUUUAACUUGAAUUCUACAUCUAUCAGUGAGUGGAACAAUAAAUAUGAUUGGUUGUGGACCAUCUAUAUUUAUAUUACGUUUGCCCUGAAAGGGGAAUGGAGUGGUGUUGAUUUAGGAGAUUUUGUGUAUGUGUGCGAAGGGGGCGGUCUAAAGGGUGGGGUCUAAAUAUUUUAAAAGUCUACAAAAAUAACACCACCAAUCUUUUUAAUGAGAAUGGUGAUGGUCUUAUUGUUGCUUUAUGUUUUCAUAAUGAACUGGGUAGACAUGUCAACAGUAAUAUUAGCGUAGUCGCCCUUGUGACAAUUUUAGUUAAUUGAGGGUCAUCCUUAUAGUAUCUGUGCCAUGCAUGGUUUUGGGGGGGGGGGGUAUUUAAUCAAUUUUAAACAUUUUCCUACACGUCCUUGGAGUUGGUUAUGGGGGGGGGGUGGCAGUAGAAAGUACGAAAAUCAUUCAAAAAUUGUACAAAAUCAUCCUGAAAAUAAAAUGAUAGUAUACUUACAUCUUGACUGCUGUAAAAAUAUCACAAUGUUUUGUAGGAAUUAUUGUAAAAAUGUUGCCUUGUGUUUUCAAAAAUGACUUGCUAGAUAUAUACAGAUAGUGCUAAGUAGUAGAGAUUUUACAGUAAUAUUUAAUCCACAGCAUGUUCAACGUGUAUGGGACAUAUAUUUUGUUGGGCUAUGCCCGUGAUUCAAAAAUUUUCAUUUCCCGGCACCUAUGCCGAAUUCAGGUUUUCACCAGGCUCGCUGUGUUAAAUUCUUACUAGAACACUUCGAAAUGGCGAAUACAUAAAUGAAAUAUUAUGGCUGGGUAAAAUAAAUGAAACAUGUAUGUAGGUCACAAAGCGCCAUCUAGUAACUGCAAACAUUUGUUACUUAUUUGGUUACUGUUUACACCACGACUGCUAGAUGUCACAUUGGAUUAAAAGUGGAAAUACAAUUAUGAAAAUUGUGUAAUAUUUCGCAAUGCCCCUGUGAGCAAGCAGCAGCAACCCAUAUAGAAGGGGGGGGCAUAAAAAAUUGUACUCUGGCAAUAGGGGGUUGAAAAUUUGACUUUUUUGUGCGUACGUAUUACCACAAUACGUAGAUUGUCCAUCCUUACGUUUGUUUGCCCCGGUGCUGUAUGACGUAAUUUUGUGACAAUUAUUUCUUACAGUUAUACCACAAUGAGUUCAGAAACAGAAAACUAGAAAAUGCGUUUCUUAACUGUUCCGCGCAGCAACACUAGAUUUUUACAUUUUUAUAGGAUCUGAGAGGGCCUUUCAAAUCUUUUUAGAAUGUAUGAAACAGGUGUAAGAUUUUUAAUGCACCCUUUUUCUUUCACCCAUUUACAGCUUGUGGUAGUUAUCAGACUGUAAUAUCAUCUACCUUUAGAAGUUACCUUUUUUGACACCAGCUUAACUGGAUUCCACAAGACGCCAUAAUCAGUUAUUGUAUACAUUAUGUAUACUGUAUGUUUAUGUAUUUACUAUUAAGAUUCUGUUACUGUAUUGUACGAUUUUGAGACGAUAUUGUACGAUUUUAGGAAUGAGAGCAAACAGGUCUGUAACUGUGAUUUGACAACAUACAUUCUCAGCUCAAGUCAGAUGAACCACUAUAGUGCCUCAGGGACAUCCCCAUUAUAUAUUUAGCAAAAUUUCUUGAUAAAAUAAAAUUUUCAUUUUCCUUUAGGUGGUAAAGUACAUCAAGGAACAGUAAGAUGCGAAAAAUAUGACCAAAAUCAAUGUGCUGACGACCCGAAAUUGUGUACAAUUACUACAGAGGAAUGUGCUAAUUUGACUACUUCCAAUAAACUUACUCUAGACGAGCCCCAUAAUUACAUGCUGUGCUUUGCAUCAUGGCUGACUGUCAACAACUCCCAAGAACCACAACUUGUAAAGAAAGGAUGCUGGAUGAAUGAUGACAAGUAGGUUCAUGGCUCGGCUCAACCAAAUGGAUUAGGAUAAAACAAGAUUCUUUCAUUGAUCCAAAUAAAUGGAAAGGUUUUUUGAUUAUGUUAUACAUAUUCAUUUUCAGCACAUAAUUACAUAGUUUAACCAAGACAACCUUUUACAAUUAUAACAAUUUAAACACAAGACAUCUUAAGUAUUUCUUUAGUGUUGAAAUCAGCCUUCAAUGAACUCACUUAGUGACAAUGUUGUUGAUCAUUUAAACUGGUAACCCCUGUUACAUUAUAAUCCAUCAUAAUUUAAACUCAUGGGAGUAUAAAUUCCCAGACAUGUUGGUUCAUCCAUACAAGAAAAAUCAUUUUAAACAUCCAAUUGGUGCUGGGACUGAGUUUGUCUGUGGGUGUGCAGGUGGCUGAUCAGGCCAAUUCAAGUUUAGCAUACCUUGAGUGGUUCCCAUGACAUUGCUAUCUCCACUUCUCUGCCCUUAGACCAACAAGUGGUUCCUCCAUGCAAUCCACCAGAUGCAAUCUUCACAUGCUGGGGGGGGGGGGGGACGGGGGGGACGACAAGCUCUGUUUUACCAAAAUUUGGAAAUCGCUCGGCGGCUCAAGCUAGCUUUGUCGGCCAGUCGAAGCUGUUUUCCAUGGUGUGGCUGCUGUGCAUGCUACAGCUUCUUGGAGCCACAGGUGAGAGCUGAACACCAUGUGGGGAUCGAAAAGUGGUUCGACUGAUGCACAAUCAGAGGUAGUAUCCCUCUGUAAGGACCCCAUUCAUCACGUUCUAAGGCAUAGUAUUAAUACAUUUUGACAUAGUCACUGCUUGUGAGUGGAUACUUUUAACAUUUUGGUCAACAUAUUUUCACUCUCCAAAAUGUUCAUCAUAAAAUAUAAUAUAAUUUUAACAUUAUAAUUAUAAACAGUAAUUAUCCCUAAAAAAGUUUUGGCUUGUAUUAUUAAUGAAAUUAAACAACCCUUAAAAACGAAGUUUUUCAUAUAUAUUCUUAAUAAUAAAAUGUAAUAUUGAGCAAUGGGGAGUGGGACUGAAAUUUGACAAAACAUGCAUUCAAGUAACGCACUUUAUAAAAUCCCAAUGAGUGCGCCAACCUGCCAGCCAGAAAGACACACAAACAAAAGUGAAGUCAAUAUAAAUGAUUUUAAAAAAAAACAUUUUGCUCUUUGUUUUUCUUCAGGUGCUAUCACCAAAAAGAAUGUGUUGAAGACAAAUUUAGUGCUCCAGUGUAUUUCUGCUGUUGUGAUGGUGACCUCUGCAAUAAACAGUUCUUUCAUCGUCCAGCUAAAGUUGAUGGAAAGUCACUUGUUGAUAAAGCAACUACUGAGCAAGGUCCUGACUAUUGGAAAAAAUCAGGAGUGGAGCAGCUCGUAAAAACUGUGCUUUACUCCAUAGUACCUAUAAUAGGUGUUGUCAUCCUAGUGAUAACAUUAUUCUUUAUGUGGCGGAGGCAUCAGCGACAUAUGGGCCAUACACAGUUGCCGACUGUAGAUCCAAGUCUUGCACCAACCCCAUCUCAGUCCUCCCUAAAUCUACAGCUACUUGAACUAAAGGCAAGAGGGAGAUAUGGUUCUGUUUGGAAAGCUCAACUUCCAGAACAGUAAGCUCAAUAAUUUUAUGUUUGCAAUAAACUUAUAAGGUUUGAAAAUCCUGGCUGAAGACAUGCAAGUUUAAAAAAAAAAAAAAAAAACUUUGAUUUUCAAUCCCCAACCCUUUAAAAAAAUCUUAGUUCAUUACUCUAAAAAUGUAGUUUCAUUCACUUUCUAUUUUUAGCAAGCCUCUCACUUUCACCUUGUUGCAAAUAAAAUCAACUCAGACCCUGAGUGUGACUAAAAUAAAUCAUCAUAACUGUGCAAAUUGAGAAAUUUAUUGUUUUAAAAAAAAAUUAUUAUAUUUUCUUUAGAUAUGUGGCAGUGAAAAUUUUCCCACUUCAAGACAAGCAGUCAUGGAUGGCUGAAUUGGACAUUUACAAUCUUCCGCAAAUGAAACAUGACAACAUACUACGUUUUAUUGCUUCUGAAAAGAAAGAAGACAAUCUCACUACAGAACUAUGGCUAAUCACAGAAUUUCAUGAAAAAGGUCAAACUUUUUUUUCUUUAAUUUUAAAUCAAAUUCUUUAUGAAAGAUUUUAAAGUUGAAAAGUUAAAUUAUGAUUAAUUUCAUAAGUAAAACUAUGGAUUUUAAACCAUCUUAUUUUUCUUGAUUACAGUUUUUUUUUUUUUUAAAAUGAUUAAUGCUUGUUGUUUUUUUUAGCUGAAUCAAAUGUAAUAAUUUAUUUUUUCUAAACAUAUUUAUAAAGGGUAAUUAUUUACAAAACUAACAUUAAUAUAUUUUUUUCAAAUAUAACUAUUAAAAUUGAAAAGAAGGAGUUGCUGACUCCUAUUUCUGAUAAAACAUGUUCAGAUUUCACUGAUCUGUAAUUAAAAUUAUCUAAAACAAUUCAAUUCUUGCUAUCAGUACGUAUUGAAAAUAGAAUAAUUAGUGCUUAAAACAAAUAGUAUUUCCCAGAAAAAUAACCAAAGCUGAUUUUUUGGGUCACAGAAUUUUAUUAAGAGCAGCAUGCUGCUUUAUAUUGCCAGCUAAUAUUGAUUACCAAUAAAAUCAAAAUUCAAAUUUCUAAAACUCAUCAUUUUGCCAGAAAUAAUAAAUAAGUAGGACUGCUCUUUUUUCCCCUCAGGCUCGCUGUGUGACUUCUUAAAAAGUAACACAAUCACAUGGGCACAACUGUGUCAUAUAGGCCAGACCAUGACCCGUGGUCUUGCUUAUCUUCAUGAUGAGAUUCCAUCUCCUAAUCAUUUGCAAGCAAAGCCUGCAAUUGCUCACAGAGACUUCAAGAGUAAAAAUGUCCUUCUGAAACAAGAUCUCACAGCUUGCAUCGCUGACUUCGGACUUGCUCUGAAAUUUGAACCAGGAAAAGGUUUUAACGAAACACAUCCUCAGGUAACAUGAGAGCUUUGCAGGUUUAUUCAUUUUUAAGCCAUUUUUUGGUGGAAUCCAAUUCAAAGGGGCCAGUCGCAUACAUCCCAUGGCGCUGCAGCCCAUGUUCCCCGGGUAUCAAAAUAUAUAUGCUUGUUAUAACCCUCUCCCAUGUUAGGUUGCAUAGCAUACAAGAGUCUCCUUGUCUUAGACCUCAUCUAAUCUGAAAUUCCCUGGAUUAUUCACCAGGAGCCUUGAUUUUGCUUUUUGAUUUGUUUAAUGUUAUAUGUAUCAGUUUGUCGGGUAUGCAAACUCCUCUCUAAUAGAUAUUUUCUUUUGAUGCCAUUUUAUAGUCCACAUAGAGUUGAUGAACUGUGGUAUUAUAUUAGUAACAUUUCUCUAAUAGGCAUCUGAUGGUAAAAAUCUGAUCAGUCAUAUGGUAAAAAUAUGAUCAGUCAUUGAUCUGUUUUGUCUGAAUCCACAUUUGUAGUCACCUAGUCUUUGUUCAGUGUACGGUUGUAUUCUUUUGGCAAUUAGUUUUGGCAAUAUUAUGUAUUUAACAAUUAAUAAGGAAAUUCCUCUAGUUUGUGCACUGAAUUGUAACCUUUCUUAUGUAUUGGGGUUAUUAGUGCUGUUAUCCAUUCUGUUAGAAUUUCUUCUUCUUGCCAAAUUUUAGUUAUAAGUUUAUGUGUUUAGUUGUCUUCCUCCAUAUUUAAUAUGCUCUGCUGUGAUGAGGUCUUCUCCAGGAGCUUUGUGGUUUUCAUAGAAUUCUUCUAGGGCUUUUGUAGUUCCUUCCAAAGUUGAGUUUACCAAAGGGUCUGGUCCUCCAUGUGGUGGUGGGUAAUCUUCAUCUUGUCUAUUGUCUGCAUUUAGUAUGCCCUCAAAAUAUUCAGCCACCCUCUCCAGUGCUUGACUAUUUUCUGUAAUUCAUUCUCCAUUAAUGCUCUCGCAUAUUUGAGGUCUGGCUAGGUAUCCAUUCUUUAAGUCUUCUAUUUCUUUUAGUUUAGAUUUUCCCUAUUCCCUUUUUUCUUCCUGCACAUUUUUCUGGCUUUGUAUAUUUGUCUUUCUGGUUUCCCUUUUUUAUCAUGGUCAUUCGGUGCCUUGAUCCUUUCUUCGACAGUCUCUAUGCAUUCAUUAGCAAACCAGGCUACUCUACUGUUAGUUUGCUGAAUUCCUAUUCCUGGUAAGCUACCACUUACAGCUCUCUAAGUAACUACAUUAAUUUUUGUGUAAGGUUACUUAGCCUUCGUGGAUCCCUCCACUUCCUACAUGGCAGUAAGUUCUGAUUUUGGUCUGUCCCUGGUACUUCAUUUUCUCAAUACCACAAAAUCUGGCGGCCUUUCCCAUAUUCCCCUCUUGUGGAGGCGCUCGAUGGAAGAUCAGUAUCUCCGCACGAGAAUGUGUGAAAAUUGUUAAAGAAAUUUAUGAAUUAAAUUUAAAAAAUAAAAUAAUUGUACUUCAUAGUAUUUCUUGAAGCAAAUCCACCUUAACAUAGCACAUUAUAUGUGGCGUCAGAUUUUUAAAAGUUUCAGUCGGUGUUCUUUUUUCAUCAGCGAGAGUAUGUAAAUAUUCAUUCAACAGAUUGCAAGUAGACCACACAAAAGUCAUCAAAUUUAUUAUUUUCAAUGCUUUCUAUUCACUUCUUAGUUAAGUUCUUUCGACCCGAACCCAUUUUCCUGUUCCCAGGUGGGCACUAGACGUUAUAUGGCCCCUGAGGUAUUAGAAGGAGCUAUUUGUUUCAACAGAGAUUCUUUCCUCCGCAUUGAUAUGUAUGCUUGUGGACUGAUAAUUUGGGAACUUAUGACACGAUGCACAUCCAUUGAAGGUAACCUCUUUUUUCCCUCCUAAUUAAUCUUUUACACUGAUUAUUUCAUUUUUCAUACAACUAAGGAAAGGGGAUAUCGAUUUUUCAUACUGAUCUGAAAUUUAUACACUUUGUUUUUUUUAGAUGAAUAAACAUGCAAAUGAUUUUAAAAAGGAUAAAAAAAUAUUUGUCGGAAUGAUUUCUGUGUUCAACUUUAUUAAUAUAGGCCACCAGCUGAAGCCCAAAGUAUUCAAUUUUUAAAUCUGUUUGUGUUUUUUUUUCGAUUUUAUUAUUGCUUCCCUGUGCUCCAUGAAAAUAUUUUAAAAUUAAAUUGGGGAGAAAGUACAUUUUUCUAUCACAAGUUCUUGUUGAAAGUUUUAGUGUCUCAUUUUCAAUUUGGAAAGAACCGAUUUACCUUUUACAGUGUAUCUUACUCAGCUUUUAUUUUUUUUAUAUAUAAAUAAUGUUUAUCACUAAGGGAUAGCCUUCCAAUGUACAUGUGAUUCUCAGGGGACGUUAAAUGAAAGAGCUCUAGCAUCCUGUAUUAUGUUUUGAAACUUAGUUCUAAGUAGUUCUGAAAAAAUCAGUCAUUUUUGUAUAGCACAUACAAUUAAUAAAAGGAAACGACCCUUUCCAUUGUUAGUGCUUAAUUACAAUUAACAUGUAAUAUUUGGUGAUCUUUGCAAUCUAUAAUUUAUAGGUGUAAUCAAUAAAAUAUAUUUGAUUUCUGCAGGCUCAAUGGAAGAAUAUCGACUGCCCUUUGAGGCGGAAGUUGGCUUACAGCCAACAUUGGAGGAAAUGCAAACAUUGGUAGUUACUCAGAAAGUCAGGCCAGCUCUCAAAUUAAGCUGGCAAAAGCAUCCUGUGAGCACUUCAUUUUUGCAUUUAUGACAAAUACAACAUAACAAAAAUCUAUUUUACAUCAAGACUAAAUAAUAGGAAGCUUAAAAGAUUUUCAAAACUAGCUGAUUAGUUUAAAUAUUCUUUUGAAUAGGCACAGAGAUAUUGAGGGAUGCUUUACCAAUGUUGCUGAAGAUCAGAAGUUUGAUUUUUAAUUUGCAUUCUUUUUUUAAGAAUUACGCCAAGAUGAGAGACAAUAACAUGUUAAAUCAAUACUAAAUAUCCAUUAAGCUAAGUUCCAUUUUUGCUGAUAUUAUUUUAAAAUAACAUUCUGUUCCAUUUAAUUAAAAUUUUUAAUUACUAUAAUUAUCAUCAGGGGCUUUCUAAACUUAUUGCAACAGUUGAAGAAUGCUGGGACCAGGACGCCGAAGCACGUUUAUCUGCCGGAUGUGUUCUCGAGCGUCUAGGACAAUUGUCCCGCUCUGUCAAUUCAGGUAGCGGAGGACUUAUUACAGAUCAGUCCUUACCAACUUCACCUCUACUGGCUCACCAGCCUUUCAAUACGUACACAUCAUCAUAUGUGCCUAACACUGCUGUCAUAGACAUCGGUGGCGUUAGGGACACAUUGGCCCCCACACACCCAUAUUUUAACUCUUGUUAGAUGAAGCAAAUUAAACCAUUAGUAGUUUUGAGCACCUCGAAAACAAGCUUGUCAUCAAAUGUGCCAUUAUCUGUGUGCAGGCAAAAUUGCAAGAUGGAAUUUCAAAGGAUACAUUCUACGAGAUGAGUCAAAUCGCACCGUAAUUCAGCCAUGCGGUUUCCAUCCCAUGAGAAUCCGGCAAAGCUCACUGUUUCUGUACUUGUCCAGGACAAAGGACUCGUCCAGGACAAACCCUGUCACCUAAAGAUAAAGAGGGAUUUUAUGCCAAUGUCAGAAGCUGCAAGAAAUAUUGAGGACGUGAACAAAACAAGCCUCGUUACAACUUCAUUCUGCUGGGAGCAACGGCACAUAUUAGUCAAACGAUACCAACAAAUUUACUACUCCUUAAAGACAGUUGGAUACAAAUUGUUGACUUUGUACAACUAAAAGCAUUGACUUAUGCGGGCUUAAUGUUUUCCUACUUGUUGACACAAUCAGAUAGAACUUUCUUCCAAUCAAACUUUAUGAUAAAAGUAUAACAACUUUUGUCUUUUUAAUAAAAUACACUCAGAGGGCACGUUUUAAUUUUGUAAGAGCAGAACAGGAGAAAAGACUCAUCACGCUUUUGAAAUGUAAAGAUAUCCCAAAUAUUCAAUCAUGCUUCUUUCCAAAUGUCAUUGGUUUGCUUGGUUCACGUUUAAUAGCCGGUCUGGCAUUAUAUGCAAAUUCCAAAGAAAAUAACAAUUUUUUUUUACAUUGGAAAGAAGUGGUAAUGGGAUUCCGGUGGAUCAGCUAAGCAUGGGCAUAUUGCACUGCCUUAUUUUGUGAAUGUAGAAACUUUUAAUGAUGGAAAAUAAGGAUCAUCUGAGUUAGGAAUAAGCAUAAUGAAUUAUAACUUCUUUUCUGAACCCUUAUUUAACUUUUUUAAACAUGUUAUUUGCAUUUUAAACAAAUUUUUAUGACAGUAUUUAAGAUAUUAAUUCAAUGUAUGUUGUCAACAUUACUUGGAUACAAGAUCAAAGAUCACUUUCACAAAAUAUAAUUGCUGUAUAGAAAUAAUUUGUAGGAGGCCUUUUCAUAACCACAGCAGCACUCUGGUUUUUAUUAAUAUUGUUUUAAAAGAUUCUUUGAAUGAAAUGCAAGAUAGCUUUUUAUUUUCCAUUUAUGUUUCUCAAAAUAUUUGAAAGAAUGAUAAUCUCAGGAAAGGUUUUUUUUAAAAAAGGAUAAAAAGCUUGGUUUGGUGAGCAAAAAGAAAUAUAAACAAUACAUGAUUUCAACAUGGAAGUAAGUCGGUUUGAAAGAUAAGUAUAUUUGAAAUAUAACUAAAAUAAAAGGGGCGGCUCUGUUUAUUUAAGUUUGCAUUGAAUAUCUGGAAAUUGCUAAUGGGUUUAGUACACUUGUGUUGGAGAGGGAGUCUGGUUAAGGUUCCAUAAAAUAAAUGAUCCAAUAUAUUUUAUCCCCUCAUGCAUAGUUAAUGAACAUUCAAUGGGCUAUGAAUAUUUAUAAAGAAGGCCGUUUUGGACCAUAGGUUAAUAAUUGAAUAAUGUUAGAUUUGAAGUUUAUCUAAAUACUUAACUAAUUGGGUGCAUAAGUUCCUAUAAUGUAUUUAACUUUUAAAUAUGAAAAUCUUGAGGUUAUAGUUGGUUAAAGAUCAGUUUAACCCUGAUGCUAAAAUCUUUGGUUGCAUUAGCAUGAAAAAAUUAAAUUGUUACACAUUUUUUUGAAAAGCAAUGGUUGAAAUAAUGUGUGCUGAAAAUAGUAUUAAUUAGUAUAAUUGUGAAAAGGGGAUAAAAAAAUAACUUUGAAUUAAAUUACAGGAAUCCAUUUUAAAUCCUGGCUUUCGAUUAAGUAAUGUCAUUCUUGUCUACAAAAUGUAUAAUCAUAAGAGUUGAGUGCGUUGUGCCAGUGAGGCGGCUUAUCAUCAGUUAGGUGCAUUGUUUGAUGGGAUAAAACUAGGAACUUGUUUAAACUAAUCAACUGUUUAAGUGGUUUUCUCAUGGUGAUAAGUAUUCUUGGAAAUAGUCACACUUUUGUCUGUCAGAUGAGAUCAACACUAUAAUCAUAUAUAAAUAAACCAAUUUGAUGUUUUUAUAAUUAAAGAUAAACGUGGUAUUUUCUCAUGAAAUAACCUGCUUCAAUCUCAUAAUUAAAGAACGUUUAAUCAAGGUGUAUUAAAGUUUCAAAUUUAACUGUCUGGACAAUAAUUUUUAUUUACUUAAAUGAGAAUUUUAGCAUUGUGCCUAAAAAGACAUUGAUAUUCUAAAUCCAUCACAAUGUCAUUGGAAAAGCCUGACCGGUGAUGCUUCCUGAUAAGUUCUUUUUAAAUCUAUGGCUCAUUACAGUGAUAUACUUUUAUAUCUUGUGCUAAAUUUGUGUGGUACCGUUAUUAAAAACAUUUGUUUUUACAUAACACAUCAAUUCAUUUCCUUCCCAUGCCUAAGAUAUGUCUGUGAGUUGCCACUGGUCCUGGCCUUUAAAUUGUCAGUCAGAUCAAAUGGAGUCAAAAAGUGUACUUUAGAGCCAUUUUAAAUAAUUUGCUUUAUAGCUGAAUCAUUAGCUAUUGCAUUAAAAUUUUAAAUAUGGAUUUUAAAAAUAUUAUUAAAUAUUGUUUAUUUCGUUUUGGUUCCAUGAGUGGUUGAUUCGUUUGGGUAUUAAAUAAUUGAAAUUAAAGAAAUGAAGCUUAGUGCACAAGUGUUGGUGCUUUGCCAACAUCAAGAUAUGAAUGAAGCAUAGUGCAAACAAGGUUUGGUGCUUUGCAAACAUCAAGAUAUGAAUGAAGCAUAGUGCAAACAAGGUGUGGUGUUUUGCAAACAUCAAGAUAUGAAUGAAGCUUAGUGCAAACAAAUGUUGGUGUUUUGCAAACAUCAAGAUAUGAAUGAAGCUUAGUGCAAACAAGGUUUGGUGUUUUGCAAACAUCAAGAUAUGAAUGAAGCUUAGUGCAAACAAGGUUUGGUGUUUUGCAAACAUCAAGAUAUGAAUGAAGCUUAGUGCAAACAAAUUUUGGUGUUUUGCAAACAUCAAGAUAUGAAUGAAGCUAAGUGCAAACAAAUGUCGAUGUUUUGCAAACAGCUAGGUAUGAAUGAAGCUAAGUGCAGCAAGUUUUGGUGUUUUGCAAACAUCAAUGAAUGAAAAUGAACAGAAGAAAAAAUUCUUGAACUACCUCAUUAUACAUGCUUGCAUUCAUUCAUGAUUUAUUUUUGUAUCAUUUAUGUAACUUUAAAGUUUUUAUUUUUUUAACAAUCCUUAAGUGAGCUCUUAUUGAUGUGCUUGUAAUAUGUUUGGAUAAUUAAAAGUUUUGUAAUUUACUUGUAGAAUAUUGUAUAUUUUGUUCAAAUGCUCUUGAAAAUGUAUCAAUAAAGUUAAUAUUGAGAUGGUUUCAUGCGUUUUAGGCUAAGGUUCAACUCAUGUGCAAGUAUUGAAAAAUAAAGAUGAAUUUUAUGGCUCAUUGUUUGUCAAGAUUAUUUUAAAAUGGCUAGAAUGUUUAAAUUGCAUAUUAAUGUUACAAAAAACUAUGUGUCCAGUGUAGUGUAAGUCGUCUUUUGCUUCUGGACUUCAAACUGGUGUUUGCCCUUUUUUACCCAUUUUUUUGAGCAAGUUGAUGAAACAAUGCUGUCAAAUAAGCUAUUUUGGUGUGUUUAACAAACAGUACCAUGAGCUAAAAUAAUUUUAAAUUAAUUUAGAAAAAUAGUUCUGUUUCUUUUAAUUGUAUCACAUUUAAAAAAAUUAUCAUUUUUGACUUUAAUGUCAUUUACUGUUUAAAUAAACUAAGUUAAGUAUUGUUUAAUGGUCUUGUGAAAACAAUUAUCUUCCAUCAAUAAUCUCUUGUGUAAAAUGUUAAUGGGAUCACUGAUAUCUUUGUACAACAUAAAUUAGUACCACAGUAUGUAAUUUUUUUUUUUUACUUUCAGCUGGUCUGCUUAUCACUUAUAUUUUAAUAAAGCUAUAAAUUUCAUUUACAUCUUUCCUAAUCAUUACGAUACAAAAAGAUUCUUUAUGAGUAAUUGUUCAAAUAAAUUUUAAUAAAAUAUUCAACUUCAAUGAACUUAGCAAACGUUUCUGAUGAAAGCAAACAACGUAUGAGUAUUUUGAACUAUUUUUUUAAUAUACUUUAGCUGCCAGUGUCCUAC